UGACAUCUGGGACUGACCCAUGGAGCCCACACAGGUCUGUCCCUUUGCUCAUCAGGCAUCUGGACGGCAAGGCAGAGUGUGUGUGUGUGCCCCCGGAUACCCCAGAUGCCAGCCCUUGGGUGAAAGCCCAUGACAGCUAUGUAGGAAGAAGCCAGAGGCUGGGUCUGGGCCAGGAAUUUCUCUUUGGGCUUGUGGUUGCAUUUGACACUGUGUAGUCUUGUCCCACUGAAUACUCACAUUGUUGGCCACCACAGAAGCCAGGGGUAUUGUGUUACCAAAGUCUUUGGCAAAUGUGAUUUCUCCUGGUGUGUGGAGAACUCUGUCCAGCAUUUACUGGCCGUUCCAGGAACCAGCUGACUCCUGAGUAAGGGAAUUCUACCUGUGUGCCAGCACCUCCAGUCAGCUGAAAGGGUGGGAAAAGGCUGGGGCAGCGGUGCUGCAGGCAGGGGCACUACCCCAGCCUUAUGCAAUCAAACACAGAAGUUGUUCAUUCCCUUCCUUUUUUCUCUUGGAGUUGUGGCUCCUGGAGCUCUCAGGCCCCCAGCUCCAGUCUGGAUUAGUCGCCCUCUAAAUCUGUGGCAUAGCUAUCACCUGGACAUUCCCUUCUCUUCCCUCCCAGUGGAAUGCCCUGCUCCUGAUCCCACAUCUUCCUCUUCCUUGAUGAACUGACUUGUUUUGGUGGAGCACAUCCUCCAGUAACUUUCUGAGAAAGGUGUGUGGGAGAUAAAUUGCGUGUCUUUUUUUUUUAAUCCUCCCGUUUGAUGGUUGGGUAUAGAAUUCUUGGCUGGAAGUACAUCUUCCUCAAAAUCACCAUGACAUCGCUGUUGUAUUCUGGCACUGGCAUAGUUGUGAAUAAGUCCAAUGCUAUUCUGAUUUCCUGGCCUUCCUGAAAGCUUCCUUGGGGUAGAGGGGCUUUCUCCUGUCCCUGCCUCUGGGGAGGCUUUUAAGGUCUUCAAAGUGACCCUAAAGGAUGUAUGCUGAGUCCUGGGUGGGCUCUUUUCACUGAGGAACUCUUGUCCUCCAGAACAGGGAAAUUGUCAUGUAUUAUUCUUUGAUCUAUACCCCCCUCAUUUUUUCUGACAAGUCAUUCCCCAUUCCACUCCCACUUUCUGAGCUUCUUUUUCUAGAAUUCCUCGUGGUGAAUGCUAAUUAAUCCCUAAUUUUAUCUUUUUUUUCCCUGCUUAUUUUCUGUCUCUCUUAUCUUUUUUUUGUUCUACUUUCAGGGAGACUUCGUCAGUAUUAUCUUGCAAGUGCUCAGUUGAAUUGAAAAAUUUCUGUGAUCUCAUUUUUAAUUCCCAAAAGUUUGUUUCUUGUUCUCUGAGUUUUAGAACUCUUGUUUCAUGGAUACUGUAUCCUCUUGUAUCUCUCGGGAUAUUAACUGUAAGUUUUUUGACAUUUUUUUUCUGUUCUAUGUCCUGUCUCCAUUUUUUCCCCAAGUUCCUUUUUUCUGUUUGAUUGCUUCUGUGCCUGUUUUUCACAUUAGAAGUUUUUUUGGAGUCUCAGGUGAACCUUGGCUGGAUGCCCUUUCUUAAAAGUGAUAUUUUACGAGCUGCUACGUUCUGUAUGGGAUCCAAUUGACAACAGCAACUUGAAAGAUUAGCUAGGAACCCUAGGGACAAUGAGUUUAUGUUAAUGAGAGAGGAACAACUCAGAAAAGGAAGAUGAGAAUGGUUGUACGACUUAAAAAUGUAAUCAGUGUCACUAAAUUAUACAUGUAGAAACUGUUGAAUUGGUAUGCACCAAUUUUUGUUGUGUGUAUUCCCAACAACAAAAACAAAUAAAAUUUAAGGAAAAAAAAAAAAAAGCUGCUGGAUCAUGCUGGUGUGUGGGCUCACGGUACUGUAUUGUAUGUAGGGUGCUUGGGCAAGCCCCAGGUCCUUCACGAAGAGCCCCAGGUUGAUCAGUGCCUAGCUGGCUGGGGUGAGGAAGGCCUGGGGCUCCCGCUGCUCUCUGUCGGCCAUCCAGCCAGUCCUCCCGUUUCCUCUGCACCCCGUCUCUUUUUUCAGUGGUGCCUGUGCCUCCAUUCCCAAGUUUCCUGUUUCUGUGCAAGCGGAUGUGCUCUGGUUGGCCUCUCCUGCCUCUGUGAGCAUUUGCAUUUUGGCUUUCUCCAUCCCUCCGAGUCAUUCAGCGCACAACUGUCUUGGCAAAUUCCAGUGCCGUCUCACGUCUGCUGCCCUCUCCUCUCCUGUUCUCUUCAUCUUUAUGGGUUUAUGCUGUUUCUGUUCCCAUUUUACAGGGGUCUCAGAAUGGAGUGGAACUAAAUGUAGGUUCAGUUCACCAUGUUUAGCUAGCUUAGCUGGAACUCCUGGCAGUCAGACCCGAGCUGAGUGCCUGCUGCAUGCAGAGCAGUGCUGAGUGCAUUCCUCUGUGCCAAGGGUGUGCUCCCCUAGGAAUACAGGCACCCACUCCCUCCAGCUUCCUUGGGGCAUCCUCGUUCUCAAGCCCAGGCCUUGCAGGUGUGAAGGUGGCUGUCCAGGUUUUUGAUGCAACAAAUACCACCCGAGAACGGAGAGAGACCAUCUUUAAUUUUGGGGAACAGAAUGGUUACAAGAUGUUUUUUGUUGAGUCCAUCUGUGUGGAUCCUGAGGUCAUAGCUGCCAACAUCGUGCAAGUGAAGCUGGGCAGCCCUGACUAUGUCGACCGUGACAGUGACGAGGCCACGGAGGAUUUUAUGCGGCGCAUCGAGUGCUAUGAGAACUCGUAUGAGUCGCUGGAUGAGGACCUGGACAGGGAUCUGUCCUACAUCAAGAUCAUGGACGUGGGGCAGAGUUAUGUGGUGAACCGAGUGGCUGACCACAUCCAGAGCCGCAUCGUGUACUACCUCAUGAACAUCCAUGUGACCCCCCGCUCCAUCUAUCUCUGCCGGCAUGGGGAGAGUGAGCUCAACCUCAAGGGCAGGAUCGGCGGGGACACGGGACUAUCCCCCCGGGGCAGAGAGUUUGCCAAGAGUCUGGCCCAGUUCAUCAGUGACCAGAACAUCAAGGACCUGAAGGUCUGGACAAGCCAGAUGAAGAGGACUAUCCAGACGGCUGAGGCUCUGGGCGUACCCUAUGAGCAGUGGAAGGUCCUCAAUGAGAUAGAUGCGGGCGUCUGUGAGGAAAUGACCUACGAGGAGAUUCAGGACCAUUAUCCACUGGAGUUUGCCCUGCGGGACCAGGACAAGUACCGGUACCGGUACCCCAAGGGGGAGUCCUAUGAAGACCUGGUCCAGCGACUGGAGCCUGUCAUCAUGGAGCUGGAGAGGCAGGAAAAUGUGCUGGUCAUCUGCCACCAGGCUGUGAUGCGCUGCCUCCUGGCCUACUUCCUUGACAAGGCGGCAGAACAGCUGCCCUACCUCAAGUGUCCGCUGCACACAGUCCUGAAGUUGACCCCCAUGGCUUAUGGUUGUAAAGUGGAGUCCAUAUUCCUGAAUGUGGAGGCCGUGAACACGCACCGGGACAGGCCUCAGAAUGUAGAUAUCUCAAGGCCACCAGAGGAAGCCCUCGUCACAGUCCCUGCUCACCAGUGACCGUGUCUCAUCCACUGCGACCCUGGGCAGGCAUUGAUCUCUGCCGACGAGGUCAUUCCAGGCCCCCUGGUCUGUGUGACAGUCAUCAUGCAGGAGUGCUCUUGAAGCAGUGUGUGCUGGCGGUGCCCAGAGCUCCUGCCCCAGCCCACCUGCCUCCUUGUUGACAGUCAGUGACUGGGCUGUAUGUGGUUCCUGACCUGCUGCUAAGAAUCGCUCAGCCAGACCGGAUCUGCGCAGUCUAGUGAGAGUUUUCCCAGCGCCUGGUCCUGUUGCGGCUUUUAGGUGUUCUCUCUCACUGGGUCCGGCUGGCUUUGUAAAGUGUGAACCCCUGAAAUGUGAAAUGGAAAGUGCUUCACUGUUGUGCUGUACCCACUGUGGCUGACCUGCCUGGGGUGGCCCUGACAACCCCUUAUAGGGCCUCUGCUGUCCUCCUGAGCCACUUCCUGAGCCAGAGGCAAGGGCUUCACAGGAUUCAGAGCUUCUGCCACCUCAUCCUUCCCCACCAGGAACUGAAGGGUCUCAGUCCAGGCAGAUGCUUCCCAGGACAGCCGCUGGCCAGGCCUUACAUAUGUGGGCCUUCAUGAAAGCAGCGUGCUUUCAGCACUUCAGACGCACAGAAACACUCAAGGAGGGGGCAUCGUGGUCACCCCUUCCCAGUUGGGCUUCCACUGAAAUACUGGGGACACCAGCAGCCAAGGCUGCUCCUCCCAGCUGCUCUUGUGGUGAAACCACUUAAAGAUGGGCAGUUGUCUGAGUUCCCUUCCCCGUGCUCAGGUAGAGAAUGCUGUCCAGCCUCCCUUCCCCGCCAUGCAUGCUGAGAGCUGGGAGGCAGCGGCCCAUACCUGCUGCUGUAUCCACACAGGUACAUACAGUGGGGGCAGGCACAGGCGUUUGCCCUGCGUUCCUCAGAAGAGCUAGGCAUGGACCGGUAUAGCCUGUCCUGGUGUUUGCGGACCCCUACCUCUGAGACUGGGGAGGGGAAGGGACAGAGCCUGGAGGCAGUCCCAAGCAUGCCACAGCUUUUGAUUCCUGGUCCUGUGAGCCUGGUGAAAAUGGGCCUGUGAGGCCUGGUGUCUGUUAUGCCCCUGUGUUCCUCUGGGCCCAGAGAGGCAGGCUGGGCAGUGGGGCCCAGCUCUGUUAUACAGCUGGGCAAACAGACCAUCCAAGGGGGUGACUUGCUGGCCAGCAAGUUAUGGAGCUAGGUCAGAAAGUGGCUGGAUUUGCAGUCGGGUACCCAGCUGUCUGCAGGUAGACCUUGAAGAAGCCAGGCCCCAGGAUCUUGAAGUCUACUUUGUCCCCAGAACCUUUCUUGGGCUAUUUCAGGCAGAGCAGCCCACCCUUCCCAGCCCUCCAGGGCUUCGUAGCCUGCAGGUACCACUGCUUCUGAGAGGAGUCGGCAUCACCAUCCAAGCUAGUGGUCCCGCCGCCUCGUGUGCAGCAGCAGCUGUGGAUGGGCGGGGUCAUCCUCUGGGACUCCUCUCAGAGACCCAAGCCCCUCUCAGCAGGGAGGGGGUAGCACUCCGUGUCCCCGAGGGCCCCUUGCUUAGACCUGGGGCCAGAGGACCAUGCCCCUGCCUUUGGGACGUGGGGACUGUGGCCUCUGCUUCUGUGCCCCUUGGAUUUUGGUGACUUUUGGUCACCGGAACGCACUCACUUGUGAGCCAUAGCCAAGUCCCUUUAGUCAGCGGCAGGGCAUGGGGAUCCGCAUGUUACCACUUCUCCCAGGACCUCUAGCUGGCUGAGGUGAGACCACCGAGGCCUCCCCUCUGCACACAGAUGGUAUCUGGGGGGUCAGGGGUCACAGCAUGGACUACUUAGUACAGUGCCUCUCUCUGGCCUCUGCCCUGGAGUGGGCUCUGCAUGGGCCACCCCAUGCUGGGUCAUUGGGUGCCAUGUUGUAGCUGUGAUGGUUAAUCUGCUCAUGUUGCAGACGUUUUCCUACGUUUCCUGGAAUGGAUGGCGUCGAACCUCAGCCAUACAUCACACUAUGUCCAGCAUUCUUUGCAAUAAACACUUCUUUAAAACACAAUAAUUUAAGGUUAUAUCUUGCAACCAGCUCUUCAUUUGUGGGGUGUUCUUUCUGGCCAGCUCUGUAGACUCUCCACGUUUUGAUCUUUGUCCUAGGUGUGUCGUGGUCUUUGGUUUAGCUCCCACCCCGAGCUUAUCCGUCUCUGGUGAGGGCAUUGUCUUGCCCUGAAAUGAGCCCUGGGCCUGGCUCCCAAGCAGGUCCCAAGCUUUUUCUGGGCUGUCUAGGGUGUGGGCCCUUACCUCUGAGCAAGAGGCACAUUUGUGGGAGAAUCCACUACCAGAAUUUUUUUUCAAGUCCAUUGUCCUAACAACCUAGAAAGGGCAGUUAUAUUAUUGUCAUGUUAAGGAAUUCUGUGGUAUUGUGGGUUGCAAGGAAACAAUAGCCAUUAGAUAGGAUUGGGGAUAUUUCAAUAGACUGGAAUGUGUUGCAAAGACAUAGGUUUCAACAACACUUGACUUAUAAUGUAUUUGGAUACCACUGUUAAACCAUACAGUAGCACAGGGGAGUGUUGUCAUGUUUGAUUUAGACCAAUCAUUAGUUAUCUCCUGGAGCUGGGCACAUUAUUAUUUGAACAAAAUUAUUAAAAGGGAAAAAUGGCUUUGUGGUAGACCAGAAAUAGUGUCUGUCACACCAUGAUUAAUGGCUGAAGGUCUCUGGGGAGCAUCAUGAGGAAAGUGCUAGCAUGAACCUAUGCCAUUUUCACAGGGCUGUUCUUAAAGGGCACCCACCCCACUUCCUUCAAGGGCCCCUGGGUUUGUGAACUGAUCUUGUCUGAAAGAUUGGUACAUGGUCCUUUCUGUUUUGGUCAGGCCUCUGCUGGUUAGACCUAAGUUCUUUUGAUAUGUACAUCAAAUAGAACUGUACUGUCCUCUCUCUCUAUUUUGGUCCUAGGGGCCUGGUGAUCAGGGACCUACUGCCAAAGAUCCCUUCAGGUCUGACCAUUCCUAUUACCUGUAAGUCCCACUGGCAUGUGAAGGUCACCACACCUGCCUCUCUUCUGACAACUCAGCACUGCUACUUGGCCCCUGUUGCCCCAGGGUUCUUGUAUCAAGGAGCUGUUUUGACUGUAGUGCCUUCCACUAGAAUCCCUGACCCACAGAGAACAGUGCUUUUCAGGGACGCUGAACUUCGAAGGCCUUUGGUGAAGGGAAUAUCUUCUGGGCCUUCUCCAGGGACUCAUUUUGGGAAAAGGUAAGUGAUUUGUCUAUGAAAAAUUCAAUCCAACAUUUAUCUUGAACAAAUGAAUGAUUCUUCCUAAGCCUUUGGAUUCUUUCCUCUGCAUUACACCACAGAGCUUUUGGCAUAUCGACUUCAUUUAGUGAGACUCAGCUUUCAUUCAGCCAACCAAUGAAAAUUAGAACAACCCCCAAAGGCUUGACCCAGCACAAUCAAAGUUUCAGCUAAGUGCAGUCCUAAAUUCCAUCCAAUCCGAAUUUACAUUCUUAUCUCCUUGGUCUAAUACCUCGGAGAAUCUAUUCCCAAACAUAUUCUUCAUAUUUUGGCCAGCAUAAACUAACAUAGUCUUAUGAUUCUUUUGAUACAUAAAAGCCAUUCCCUCUUGGCUUGACUUUGUAAUAGGGUCCUCCAACAUGCUGGAAUCUAUCUCUAAUUCAAGGCACUGGAGAUAUUAAGUUGGGGAGUGGGGUGUGAGAAAUGUUGAUUUUCUCUUACCUUAUGAGGUCUUCAGGGAGUGGUGCAGAAGAGGCUGGAGUUGGUGGUCAUCUGAUUCCUCUGAGUUCUUUCAUAUAUCCCUUUCCUUUUUAUCUCUUGAGAGAUAAAAGGUGGUGCAGGCCAAGCCCCAGGGAAACUCCCUUUACAUUGGAUGGAUCAGGGAUGUGACCUGGUAAGGGUGUUAAAAUCCCACCCUAAUCAUCUUUAACAUAAAAUUACAAUGGCAAAAUAGAGGACAACCAAAGAAUACUGGGAAUCAUGGCCUGACCCAGUUGACACCUUUUUGGGGUACACAACCCAUGACAAGUGUAUGUAACAAAACAUUUGCCAUUUCAACCAUUUUCACGUGUACAGUUAAGUGACAUUAUGUUCACUGUAUUGUGCAACCAUCAACACUGUUUCCAAUUUUUUUUUCAUCACCCUUAACAGAAACUUAGUACCCCUUAAGCAAUAACUCCCCCUUUUCUCCUCCCACCCACCCCUGGUAAUAACUUGGUGCUGCACCCAGGGUGGUGUCACCAGAGAGCCGUUCCACUUCUAGGCCAGUAGGGGCAAGGCAAGGAAUGGUUAUUGGAACCUGGUGGGACCACCACCUCCAGUUCCCCUAAUGGCCCCCUACUUCCAGUUUCAGUUUCUAUAAUCUGUCCACCAGAGGGAUCU